AUGUCCUCUGUCAACAUCUGGACGGCCAAUUUAAUCCAGGCCAUGACGUCCAUCGACAUUGCAUGCACAGCAAUCGCACUUUUCAUGUGGACCUACAGCGUAACUAUCUUCAGCGAGCUCACCGAAGAAGAGAGAUCAGGGAGGCGACGGUACCUGGUAAUCAGCUUCAUGAUAUUGGCAUGUUCCUGCAUCUCCUCCAUCACCAGUGGAAUAGAGAGUCACCGCGCUGCGCUGGAGACUCUCCCGUCUUUGGAUAAUUUUCAGGACGUUUUCGAGAGCAGGUACAAUGGUGUAUUGAUGAAGACGUCGAGUGUUACAUUGUAUCUCCAGGCAUGGAUUGGCGACGCCCUAUUGGUGUACCGGUGCUUCAUUAUAUGGAGGGAUCGUUUAGGGUUGGCAGUUAUUCCCGUUCUGAUUUAUAUCUUAUCCAUGGGAGUUGGAAUACGUUGUCUCGUACCUGACUAUGAUACCUGGGGAUUCGAAGAAAGCGAGAUCCGACUCAUCCUCGAGACAGUAGACGCCUUCAUCUACCUCAUCCUCCACAUCACCAUUACGGCUCUAAUCGCCUAUAGGCUUUUGAGCGCCCGAAAUCACUUGAUGAAGGUUCUGCCAAACGCAGAUGAUAAGCCGUACACCAGUAUCGUCGCAAUGUUCAUCGAAUCGGCCGCUGCUAUCACCAUAUUUGCAGCCGGAUAUGCGAUCACCAACCUACUAGCCGGUUGGCCAGCAUACCAAGCAAACAGUAUUUUCCUGAUUGGAUACAACGCCUGUAUCACUCUCGUUCCUCAGCUCAUCAUCUUUCGCGUCGCCACUGGUCGAUCGUGGGCUAAGCACCCAGGAGAAGAGUCAACCGCUCUGUCGAAGCAGAUCCAGUUUGCGCGAUCGGAUAAAACAGGGGACUUGGAGUCAAGUCAAAGCACAGAAUGA